AUGCAGUUCCAGCUCACCUGUGUCCAGCAGGAGGCGGUGGUCAGUACCCUUCUGAUUGGGGCCUUGCAGGCUUCCCUGGUCGGCGGGUGGCUGAUUGACCGCUAUGGCCGAAGGAAUUCCAUCAUCCUCAGCAACGUCCUUAUCCUGGCAGGGAGUCUGGUCCUGGUUAGCACCUCUUACUUAGCGCUGGUGGUGGGAAGAAUCACGGUGGGCUUCGCCAUAUGCAUCUCCUCCAUGUCCUGCUGUGUCUUUGUGUUGAAGAUGGUCACCGACAAGCAUAGGUUUUUUUUUGGACCCAACGAAGUCUGUAUCACCGUGGGCAUUCUGGGAGCUUAUGCCAUGAACUAUAUCCUGUCUGAUACCAGACAUGGAUGGAAAUAUCUGUUUGGGUCAGCCAUCGUGCUGACUUUGGCUCAGUUCGUCUCCAUUUGGUUCCUCCCAUCCAAUGCUGGAGCACCUGCAAAAUGCCAAAGGGCAGGCGCUCGAAGCCAAAGAGGCCUUAUUCGCUUCAUUGAGGAUCACGAAGUAGAGAAUUCAGCAACCGUUUCCAACAUACUUGAUAACGCACAGUACAGCAUUGUGCACCUCUUACAACGGCUGGAUAACAUGAGGACCAGGACUAUGAUAGGGCUGGGCUUGGUGAUCUAUCAUCAGUUCACCGGUCAGCCCAACGUGCUCUUCUACAGCUCAACCGUCUUUCAUUCAGUGGGCUUUGAGAGUAAUGCCUCAGCAGUGCUGGCAUCCGUGGGCAUGGAGGUAGUCAAAGUGAUCGCCACCUUGGUCUCCAUGGUGUUUGCCAAUAGGGUUGGCAGGAGGCCUCUGCUCAUCGGUGGAUGUACAGUAAUGUCUGUGUGUUUGAUCACCAUAGGACUUCUGAGCAGGCGUUCGGUGGUCAACACCAAGACACCCUGUAGUGCUGGGGAUAACGUUUUCACAGAUGAAAAUGCUAAUAAAGCACAAUAG